AUGGCAGCGGCCCUCAACAAGUUUAUUAGCCGCUCAUCAGAUAAAUGCCACGUUUUCUUCCAAACCCUAAAGAAGCAAAGCCGACGAAGUUUUAAGUGGACGGAAGAUUGCGACGCAGCCCUAACCGAGCUGAAAUCUUAUCUUUGUUCGGCCCCACUUCUCGUCAAACCAAAAGCUUUUGAAACUCUCCAUCUCUACUUAGCUGUCUCUCCACAUGCUGUGAGCUCGGCACUUAUCCGACGGGAAGGCCUUGAAGACCAACCAAUUUACUUUUCUAGCCAAACCUUACUCCCAGCACAAACCAGAUAUCUGCCACUGGAAAAGCUUCUUCUAGCAUUGGUUACAGCUGCUCAAAAAUUACUCCCUUGUUUUCAGGAGCACCCUAUCGUAGUCCUCACAGAGUUUCCACUAAAAAACCUCCUAAGGAAGGCCGACCUAUCUAGCCGAGUAUCUCAGUGGGCGGUCGAAUUAGCAAAUUUUGAUAUCCAUUUUGCGCCUCGAACAGCAAUCAAGGCCCAAGUACUGGCAGACUUUAUUGCUGAAUUCACCCCUGGAAGCCCGGACGAAGAAGCAUUGGUUAAACCUAAUUUUGGAAUGCUGGAACAACAAGAAGCUCGAAAAACAUGGGACUUAUUCAGUGGAGACGUUUGGAAGCUACACGUUGAUAGGGCAUCCAACAGUAACAGUGCGGGUGCUGGGGUUGUCCUUCUGAUGGUUAACCAAGUAACAGGGGAUUUUGAAGCUCGGGACCCAAGGAUGAUAAAGUAUCAGGCUUCGGCUCUUGAGCUAAUACGAGGAUUCAGGGGAUUCCACAUUGAACAGACCAACAGAGAGAACAACGCUCAUGCCGAUGCUCUGGCAAGUUUAGCCUCGGCAAAUAAAGCAUCUGAAUACAGACACAUUAGCCUCGGUGAGAUCCACCAGCCAAGCUUUGAAGUCUCAGAAGAAGUUCUAAGCAUCUCCAUCAGUAAUAGCUGGAUGGAUGAGAUAGUCUCGUUCCUCAAGAAUGAUACGCUACCAUCUGACAAAAAGGAGGCCCAUCGUGUACGCAGCAAAGCAGCCCACUAUUGGAUCUCUGAGAACGGCCAACUCUACAGGAAAAGCUUCACAGGGCCAUAUCUUCGAGUCGUUCAUCCAUCCGAGGUCCCAACAAUAUUGACUGAGCUUCACUCUGAAAGCUGCGGUUGUCACUCCGGCGGGCGUUCCCUCUGUCAAGGAGCUCUAAGUCAAGGAUACUUUUGGAAAGGAAUAAAGAAGGAUUGUGAAGAAGGCAACGGUCAGGCCGAAGCAACAAACAAGACAGUGUGCACUGGCAUUAAGCGUCGGCUAGACUCCAAACGAGGAAAAUGGGCUGAAGAACUGCCUCGGGUUCUCUGGGCCUAUCGCUCCACUCCAAGACGCUCCACUGGCCAAACUCCCUUUGCAAUGGCCUUCGGCAUGGAGGCUGUCAUUCCACUUGAAUCCAGGUUCCCAACCCUGCGCACUGAAACUUUUGAUCCACAAACCAACAAUGAUGCAGUAGCUACCGAGCUUAUUUUAGCCGAAGAAAAGUGA